AUCAUGAAGUCUGCUAUCCUCGCUCUUGCCAUCUCCGGCGCCUCGGCGUACGUCGCGCCCCAGACCAAGGUCUCGGGCUCCGCGCUCGCCGCCACCAAGGACGAGGUCGUCGCGCUCGCCGAGGCGAACCCCGACUUCCUCGGCCAGGCCAUCGGCUUCUGGGACCCGCUCGGCGCUUUGGACACGAACUUCUGGGGCCUCGGCAACGAGGGCACCAUCGGCUACCUCCGCCACGCCGAGAUCAAGCACGGCCGCGUCGCCAUGGCCGCCUUCCUCGGCUACCUCGCGGGCUCGACGGAGCUCGUGUCCGGCCCGCACAAGAUCCUCCCGUACCGCGGCUACGAGCCCGGCCUCACGCCCCCGGAGCAGUGGGACGCCAUCCCCCUCUACGGCAAGCUCCAGAUCAUCGUCCUCGUCGGCAUGCUCGAGUCCUACGGCGAGAUCCUCGACCCCCACUACACGAACGGCGGCCUCCCCGGCUACUACCCCCCGAUCAAGGGCAAGCGCCCCGAGCUCGUCUUCAACCUCUUCGACCCCUUCGGGUUCUUCGAGCAGGACUCCCCGGAGAAGAAGGCCCGCGGCCGCCUCGCCGAGAUCAACAACGGCCGCCUCGCGAUGCUCGGCAUCUUCUCCAUCCUCUCCGAGGCCGGCGCGCCGGGCUCCGUCCCCGCGCUCCAGGGCCUCAUCCCCGCCUACGACGGCAACGUGAUGAUCCCCUUCUCCGGCGACUUCUCCAUCUUCUCCUAG